AUGUCUGAGCGACACCCUACUACGUCGAAAGAUGUAGUAGUAAAUGAAUCUUCGCUCGAUCUGCCAGAGUCCUCUAGACGUGAAUUAGAACCAUCAGAAAAGGCCAAGGUACCAUGGUGGUCAUACAUUUGGGACUACGACCCAGGCCGGACACAUGAAGAGCGCGCCUUUCUCCACAAACUCGACAUCUUCCUAGUUACCAUGCUCUCAUUUGGAUAUUUCAUCAAAAACCUGGAUCAGACCAAUAUUUCCAACGCGUUUGUGAGCGGUAUGAAGGAAGAUUUGAAGAUGAAUGGGAAUGAACUCAACCUCGUGGACACCGCGUGGACGGUGGGUUACGUGAUCGGCCAGAUUCCUUCGCAAAUCAUUAUGACGAAGGUCAGGCCAUCGAUAUGGGUUCCGUCGUGUGAGUUAUUAUGGACGCUCUUGACGUUCUGCCUCACUGCUGCUAAGACGUCGAAUCACGUUAUCACUAUUCGAUUCUUCGUUGGUUUGGCCGAGUCCAUUUUCUACCCUGCCGCGCAUACUAUCCUCGGGUCUUGGUAUAAACCUUCCGAGUUAGGAAAACGAGCUUGCAUCUUCCACGCUUCCUCGGCGGCGGCUGGUAUGUUCUCGGGUUAUCUUCAAGCUGGUGUGUAUAAGGGUUUGAAUGGAGUUAAUGGUUUAGCCGGUUGGCGGUGGCUUUUUAUUGUGGAUGGGAUUAUAAGUCUCCCGAUUUGUCUCGCUGGAUUCUUUAUAUUGCCGGAUCUCCCUGAAAACACACGAGCCUUCUACUUGAACGAGAGUGAUCGUGGUCUAGCUAAGAAGCGUAUGGACCAGAUCGGACGUGCCCCUCGCACAAAACUUGGGCGCUCCGCGUUCAAACGCAUAUUCGGACGAUGGCAUGUUUAUCUCUUAACCAUUUUAUACGUAAUUUUUAUCAGUAUCGGACCCUCAGGAAGCAUUAACCCAUUUGCCCUCUGGCUGAAGGCGAAGGGUGAGUCCGUAGAACGAAUAAAUAUUAUACCUACGGCUUCAAAAGCACUCCAGCUCGUUCUCACAGUUUCCUUCGCUAUUAUCUCAGAUGCGAUACGUCGUCGGGCUAGCAUCAUGUCCAUCUCCACUUUCCUUGGUGGCUUCGCAGCACUAGUCUUAGCCAUCUGGAACAUCCCCGACGGGUUGAAAUGGUUCGCAUUCCUGCUUCAAUAUGCCGCCGUGCCGUACGGACCACUCAGCAUGAGUUGGGCAAACGAAAUAUGUGGCGCGGACGCCGAGGAGCGAAGCAUCGUCAUCGGCAUUAUGAAUUCAAUGGGCUACGCUUUCAACGCCUGGGUACCAUUACUCACAUUCCCACAGGUAGACGCGCCGAGAUUUAGGAGGGGGUUUAUAUUUUCGACGGCUGCAUUUGGAGCACAGGCGAUCAUCACGGCCACGGUGGCUUUUAUGUACAAACGGGACCAGAAAAGGGGAAAAAGCCGAGCAGAGAAUGCCCCUGGAAUAGGGGAUGAAGAUGGUGUUAUUGUGAGUUCGGCAUAG